AUGGGUCUUUAUCAGUGGCUGUCUUUCGCCGCCGUGUCGGCACUCAUUCACAACGCUACCGCAUUAGUAGCGUUUCCCGGAGCCGAAGGUUUCGGUCGAAACUCAGUUGGAGGCCGAACCGGAUCGGUUUACCAUGUGACGACUCUUGCUGAUUCUGGUGCCGGGUCCCUUCGUGAUGCUGUCUCGGCAGACAACCGCAUCGUUGUCUUUGACGUUGGUGGCACCAUAAACAUUACGGACCGAGUUGUGGUCUCAAAGAAUAUAUACAUCGCUGGACAGACUGCUCCUGGUGGCGGCAUUACCGUCUACGGUAAUGGGUUAUCGUUCUCCAACGCUGACAACACCAUCGUACGGUACAUCAGGCUUCGCAUGGGCAAAGGUGGGGAUUCUGGAAAAGAUGGCGUUACAAUUGCCGAGGGUGAGAACAUCAUUUUUGACCAUAUUUCCGUGACAUGGGGCCGUGAUGAGACUUUUAGCAUCAAUGGUGACGUAUACAACGUGACAAUCCAGAACUCAAUCAUCGGCCAAGGCCUGGAGACUCACUCCUGUGGCGGACUCAUGCAGUCAGAUUACGGUGUCAGUCUGUUCCGCAAUCUAUACGUUGAUAACAAGACUCGCAAUCCCAAGGUUAAGGGAAUUAAUGACUUCCAGAACAACGUGGUCUACAAUUGGGGCGGAGGCGGAGGCUAUAUUGCAGGCGAUAGCAGUGGGCAGAGCUACGCCAACAUCGUCAAUAACUACUUCAUCUCUGGUCCUAGCACAAGCGUGACAGCCUUCACUCGGGGGAAUGAAAACUUCCACGGUUACGUCUCGGGCAACUACUACGAUAGCGACAAGAAUGGCGCACUCGACGGCUCUGCUUUAUGUGUUAGUACUACUUGCUACUCCGACAUUGACAUCCAGACAACCAAGUACGACUACCCGGGCCCAACCACUCUCUUGACUGCGCCCAAUGCCGUGACCUGGGUUCUCAACAACGUCGGUACAAACUACCCGUCCCGUGAUGGCAUUGACAAUCGCCUCGUCUCUGAGGUGCAGACAUGGGGAUUAACAGGCGAGCUCAUUAGCGACGAGACCGUCAGCCCUAUGAACGGCCCUGGAUAUAUCAUGAGUGGCACCAAACCAAGCGAUACCGAUGGCGACGGCAUCCCCGAUGCGUGGGAAAAGGCAAAUGGUCUGGAUUACCAGGAUGCAAGCGAUGCAAUGAAAAUCAGCAGCUCUGGGUACGCGAACAUUGAGGUAUAUAUCAACUCACUGGUAUUGACUACGAACGGAUCAUGA